AUGUUGGUUAACUUAAAAACAAGUGCAUGUGGCUGUACAUUUUUUGCAAAUAUUAUAAUUCCUAUAGCAAUUGGAUCGCCAAUUUAUCGACCAAAAAAAAUUAAAUUUAAAAAAUUUGUUGUGUUUGGUGAUUCUUAUUCAGAUAAUGGAAAUGUAUUCUUGUUGACAAAUAAAACUUGGCCACUUUCUAUUGGCGGAAGAUUUUCUAAUGGAUGGGUUUGGCCAGAACAUUUGUCUCGACUAUCUAAUGCCAAAUUAGUUGAUCUUGCAUAUGGUGGUCGAAAUUCGGAUGUUUUAGUUCCUGGGAUAAAACAACAAGUUGACAAGUAUCUUAAACAUUGUAAAAAAAAGAAGAGAGACUCCACUUUAUUCACAAUUUGGGAUGCGGGGAAUGAUUACCUUAACAGCAAUUAUUCAAUAGAUCCAAAAUUGUUAGUUAAAUCCAUAAUGACAUCGAUUAAUACAUUGUAUACAGAAGCCGGGGCAACCAAUUAUUUUGUGCCAGAUCUUCCAGAUCUUACAGUAACACCGUUGAUCCGAGAAUUACCAGAAUUAAAGACAAAAGUACCUAAUGUAGUAAAGCUACACAACUCUGAACUAAAAAUUGCAUUAGAUGCCUUCGAAAAAACCAAUCCAAAAGUGAAGAUCUAUAGGUUCCCAACGGUGAAAUGGUUCAAAUCAAUAUUAACGCCCAACAAUACAAAAAUCACACAAUUAGGAAUAGAAAAUACUGUCGAUGCUUGUGCAAAUUUAUAUGCAAUUCCACCUAUAGUUUGUCCAAAUCCUGAUAAAUAUGCAUUUUGGGAUUCUGUUCAUUUAACAACCAAAAUUCAUAAACUUUUUGCAGAUCAUGUUAUUAAGUUGUUAAAAUAA